GGGCAGCUGCUCACUCAGCGGCUCUGCGGGCUGAAGAUGGCGGACGGAGAGAACAGUCUCGGAACGGCCUUUUCGGGAGCCUCCGAUAUGGACGAACCGGCCGCGAAAAGGUCGAAAAUCAGUCCGGCGAACGACUACGGAUUCAGGGUCGCCGAAGCGGGCCCGUUUUCGUGCGUCUCCGCGGUUACGGAGAGCCGGGAGGCGGCGGUGAAUUGUGCGCAGCCAUCGGAGAAGGAAGCGAAGCCGGUGAUGGCGGUAGAAGAGGCCCCAGCGGCGCUAGGCGGAGACAACAAUGGACUGAGACUGUUGGUCUCCGAGCCCCACAGACCAGUAGGGAAGCUAGCGGACAGCUCUGUCUUUGGUGCGACCGAGGAGGAGAGUGCAGAUUUUCUUGGCCACGAUGAUCUUCCCUCCAAUGGCCUGGCUGUCACACCGGACCACAUCAACGAGGACGAUGACAGAUCCUCACAUGCAAGCUCCAGCGACUGGACCCCCCAGCCGCAAAUAGGUUCCUACAGUUUCAUCCAGCAGCAUAUCAGAGAGACCGACCCCAGGGCCAUCCUGAGGGACUUGCUGCCCGAGACUGUGCUCCCGCCAGAUUUAGACGACAUGACAUUGUGGCAGAUCAUCAUCAACAUCUCUGAACCUCCAAAGAGGAAGAAGCGGAAAGACAUAAACACCUUAGAAGACGUGGUCAGGCUACUCCAUGAAAGCAAAAGGAUCCUCGUGUUGACUGGUGCUGGGGUUUCGGUUUCGUGUGGAAUACCAGACUUUCGGUCCAGGGAUGGAAUUUAUGCACGGCUCGCUGUAGAUUUUCCAGAUCUUCCAGAUCCUCAAGCUAUGUUUGACAUCGAGUACUUCAGACGGGACCCCAGACCCUUUUUCAAAUUUGCCAAGGAGAUCUACCCCGGUCAGUUCCAACCUUCGCCCUGCCACAGAUUUAUAUCUAUGCUGGACAAACAGGAGAAGCUCCUGCGAAAUUACACUCAAAACAUCGACACGUUAGAACAAGUGGCCGGAGUUCAGCGGAUCAUCCAGUGUCACGGGUCGUUUGCCACCGCGUCCUGUCUCGUCUGUAAACACAAAGUGGAUUGUGAGGCUGUGAGGGAAGACAUCUUUAACCAGGUUGUCCCACAUUGUCCACGGUGUCCAGAUAUUCCCCUGGCAAUCAUGAAACCUGACAUCGUCUUCUUUGGGGAGAACCUUCCAGAAAUGUUCCACAGAGCAAUGAAGCAGGACAAAGACGAGGUGGACCUCCUCAUUGUUAUCGGCUCUUCGCUUAAAGUUCGACCAGUUGCCCUCAUCCCAAACUCCAUUCCUCAUGAAGUGCCUCAGGUUCUGAUCAAUAGGGAGCAGCUGCCUCACCUCAACUUCGACGUGGAGCUGCUGGGGGACUGCGACGUCAUCGUCAACGAGCUCUGCCAUCGACUCGGGGGAGACUUUGAGCAGCUCUGCUACAACACUGUAAGACUCAAUGAGAUCACAGAGAAACCUCCGCGGUUACCAGAACAGCCACCAAGUGAGGCCUUGCCUGCUUCCAGCGACGCAGCUCAGGAGGAAGAGGAAGAGGAGGAGCAGCAGCAGCAGCAGCAGCAGCAGAAGAGCACGGACUCAGUAAACUUGCCUUCAGAGGAGACGGAAAGUCUGAAUGUCACAGAGACUGCUGAUAACAAUGUUACACCUCAAGAGCCUUGUCCAAACGCUCAGUGUCCAAAGGAGGAGGCGGGCGAAUCUCCAGAGUUACCAGCAGAGGACUCGCCAAAAGAGGAGGCAGCCGAACUAAAGAGCCAAACCUCAAAUCUUGAAUUUCGUAGACGAUGCUGGAUGAGUCGAAUCAACAGAAGUCCAAUCAGUAAACGGCUUGAGGCGGGCCAGUACCUGUUUCAAGCACCAAAUCACUAUAUCUUCCACGGGGCCGAGGUUUAUUCUGACUCCGAAGACGAGACGUCGAGCUCCUGCGCGAGUGACAGCGAGGAGUCGGAAUGCAGCGGCGAGGGGCCGGAGGAGGACGACAGCGAGCCGGAGGACGCUGGCGAGCCGGCCGCCGACGGAGACACAUGCCUCAGAGACACAACGCAACACACUUUAGACAAUGAGGCGGCACCAAGCGUGCAGACGGACAAAACUUCUGAAAAGACUCAGAGCACCACACACCUUUAAAUGUAAAGUACCCAGCCGACGAAGCACUAAUUGUCUUUAUAUAUAUAUAUAUAUUUGACUCAUCAUCCUUACUAUUAUUUUCAUAAAGUUGAAAUUGCGUGACACCUU